AUGCAAGGAGAUGCAAAGAAAAAGCGGCUUAUUCUUAAUUGCAAAGAAAAGAAAAAGGAAACGGUUCCAUCUUUGCCGUUAAAUAGGCUAAUUUCAAUGAAAUCCAACUAUUAUAUUAAGUCAAGCUAUCCAUCUAAACGAAGCAGUGAUGUAAUUAAUGAGAAAGAUGCAUACAAAUUCAAAAGGACUGGAUCAGAUUUCAAAUUAAAUCCUCAACAAUCAAGAAAAGAAUACAUCAAGCAGUUUUUACCGAAUUUUCAUAGAACUACUUUAUCAAGCACUAAUAGAGACAUAUUAAAGAACAGAAAUUUAACCUUAAGGGAACUUUACAAUCAAGAUAAGCUUAGGCCUUAUUGCGAACCUAAAGUAGAGUUUGCUUCUCCGAAAAUGAUGCCUCACUUAAAUUAUCUAGUCAACUUCUAUGAGCAAAAAGCUAGCUUAAAGCUAGGAAAGCUUAUCCAGAGUCCUUUAUUCGAUGAAAUUUCAAUAAAGUCUGUCCUCUCGUCUCCGGAGUCUGAAAAAGAUAUUAAAGAUCCUGAGCUAUCACGAAUUGAUAGCAAUUGCGAUGUAACCCAUUUUUAUGCAGAAACAAAAAUGUAAAAUAUAUUUAGAAACCCUGAUGACAGUAUAAACAUCAUUAUUGGCGCAUUAAAUGACUCUUAA